UCUGCUUGCCGUUUCUUUUGCACGGGCUUUUGGUUUGCUAUGUUCUCGGCAUGAGCUUUCCGGGGUUUUCACUUUGUCCUCGUUUUCGGACUUUGCGUGUGCCGGUCUUCUAAACGCCAGUGCGCCCCGCGUCUUUCCUGGGGGAGAGUCUCCUCGCCGGCUUCCUGCGCUGGGGACCAUGUCGGAGAUUCGGAGCUACGGGGAGAAGAAAGAGAUGCUGCUGGAAGGCGGCGGCGGCGCGUACCUGGAAGAAGGACAGUGCGACUCGGGUAUCGAUUUUAUCCGUUCCCUGCAUGGCCAGCCUGGGGAAGCGGAGCCCCGAUCCCCGGCUGCCGGAAGGAUCCCGCUGGAUAAAAUCCCUGGAUCUCCCAGUCAAGGCAAAGAGGAACCGGCAGACGAAAGACUUGAUUCGAGUUACGGCUCUUCCUCUAUUGUGGAGUCCUUAACUGGGCUGCAAGGGGAGCCUAAGCCUGAGAAGGAAGAGGAGGAGGAGGAGGAGGAGAGGCUCAGGCAGCAGCUGCUGGAGAUCCUUGCUUUCCUAUCCGAGGACGGAGACACGUUACUACACCUGGCAAUCAUCCACUGUAUGCCAUCUAUCGCAUUCUACUGCAUUGCCCAAAUGCCCGUGGAGGAUUUGGAAUUCCAGAAUGAUUUGUUCCAAACUCCGCUUCACUUGUCUGUGUAUUUGGAGCAGUUUGAAGUGGUGAAAGCAUUAAUUCUGAAAGGGGUGAACACAGCACUGCAGGACCGGAAUGGAAAUACUGCUCUGCACUUGGCCUGUGAGCAGCAGAGUCUGGAAUGUGUUGAGUUGUUGCUGCCUCUGAAGAAACCAGUCUCUGAGAUGCAGACUAGAAAAACUGUACAAGAUCUGCAGCUCCAGAAUUGGCAAGGCUUAACGUGUCUUCACAUCAGUACCUUGAAAGGGAACCUUCAAUUGAUGGCAUUACUGGUGCAGAAUGGAGCUGACAUUAAUGUGCAGGAUGGCACAAGUGGAAAGACACCCCUACAUCUGGCAGUGGAGAAUCAUGAUGAGAUGGCUGUGAGGCACCUCCUACAAUUGGGAGCCCAGGUGGAUUCGCAGAUGUACAAUGACUGCACCCCACUACACCUGGCUGUAGGCAGGAACGAUGCUGUCAUUGCUGCAAUACUGUGCGAUUCGGGAGCAGAUACCUUAUUGCGGAAUAUGGAAAACGAGACAGCUCAAGAUCUGGCAGAUGGCAAUGAUGAUAUCCUUUUGCCUUUUGAUGACCUGAAAAUCUCCGGAAAGCCUGUGAUGUGCUCCAGUCGAAUAUCCUAACAUCCAAAUGGGAAAGUUACUCCUUGUGAGGAGUAUAACAUUGCUGCUUGAGGCUGACAGUGACACACCUGGCCAUCAAUGAAUCAUUCUCUUUGUUGUAAUAUGAGCCUUGGGACAACCACGGAUGCUUUUUUUGAGACUAUAGAGCCAGUGUGGGAAAGGAAAAAUUUGUAUGUUGACUUUAAAUCCUGAAUGAGAAUGUGGAAAUGCUGCCUCUUUGAAAAGAGACACAGGUUUGGAUAGACUGGGCCCAUGCUUGCUCUCCCUGGUUUAUCUAAAUUUGGAGAAACUCCUUAAGAAUUGUGUUCCAGACCGUAUUGAGGAUAUUUCAGAUUUCAUUCUUUUUCCUUUUCUUCUGUUGCCUAGACUAUGAUGAAACAUGCCAGUUCUCUUUGUGUCUACCAAAAUAAUUUCUUUUAAAGGUAUUUUUUCCUGAAUAAAAUGCAUUUUUUUCUA